AUGUCACUAUCUAUCUAUCUAUCUAUCUAUCUAUGUCUCAUGUCUCUCUCUCUCUCUCUCUCUCUCUUUCUCUCUCUCUCUCUCUCUCAAAAAGUUAUUUUUGCUUUGUUGAUGAGGAGGACGAAGCUGAAGCUGAUGUGGCAAGUAAGCGCCUUGUACUCAAAACCACUCUGUUUCCUCAUGGAGCGAGUUAAAGAAAUUCGCUUGUCCAUAAACCACACAACGCUAGAGACAACCAUGUUGCAACGCUUCAUCGAAGAUAAUCAAUUAGAAAUCACGGUCGAAAGCAGCAGGUCAAGUACAGACGGCAGCAGUGAAACAUCUCAGUCGACUUCCGUCGACACCCCAAUCAGCUCCACGGCUAUGACUUUGAUGUGCACGACGGGGAAACGGCCCAAAAAAGGCGAACUUAGCUUGGAACACAAGUUAAAUAUCGCACAAAACUAUAUAAGGUGGCUGACGGAAGAAAGUAUAAUGAAAAAACGACAAGUUAACGCUUACGUCAACGACCUGCUGGCUUCGAUCGAAAACCAGGAUUUGACGCUUAGGACGAUACAGAAUGAAAUAAAUUGUUUGCUGUCCAAGGUUGGACCGUCUGUCUGUUUUGCGAAUAAAAAGCCUGGAGAGAUUCCGAACCGGGAGCGAAUGUCUUUCGAAAAAUGGUGGACGAUAGUCUGCGCUAACGACACAAAUCGUGACCGGUUAAUUCGUGCCACAAAGUUGGAGAAUAUCUUUCUGGUGCAGCAGAUUAAGAAACUGGUGAUGGUUCGCAAAUAUGAGGAACAGGUGGACCCGGCAGAGUUUUACCGGAAGUUGCUGGAAAACCGUUCUUUUCCGACCGAGAUCGACCAGCUCACGAAUAAACGAGUGAGACUUCUGUGCCGAACGAGCGUGGCCGAACACGAAGCGUACAAUCUUCGCCGAUACCUGGAGAAGCGGGUGGCUUAUGGUGAUCAGCUGCGCGGGAGGAUUGCGAGGGAGAAGUACAUGAUGGGCCGGGUUGAACAGAGCUUAGCGAUAUCCACAGCCAGCCGAAACAAAGAAAGGUUUAUCAACGAAAAGCUGGUGCAGCUGUUCAGCGAUUACCGGGUACCGGGUGUGCCAGAAUACAUUAUGCUAAGCAAACAGAACGAAGACUUAAAAGAGAUUGUAAAGAUGUGGCAGAAGAAAGUAGCAGUGGCCAAGCUCAUCAGGAACACCAAUAGGCAAAAAUGGAGGCGGCUCACUAAGCAAUGA